AGCGUCACGGGAUGACGCAUCUCCGCUCUCUGAUUGGCCGAGCGCCCCGUCAGUCUGCGCCGCGGCGUCCAAUGGGAGCGCGCAGCAGGCGAUACAAACUGGCAGCGGCCAUGUUGUGUCUCCGGGGGCCAACGGCGACGUCCGGUAGUAAACAGUAGAUGACGUUACCGCCCGCUCGGCAGUUCACGGGAAACGGACCGCAGCUGGAAGCCAUGAGCCGCCCGUCCUCUGCCGGAGGCGGAGGACUCGGUGCCGGGAAAGCAGCGGGCGGAGGAAAGCACGGCGGAACCGGAGGCGGCGCCGCGGCGGCGGCCGUGGCCGCCGGGCUGAGCUCCGUGGCCGUGCCGGGGUCCGCCGCCCCGUCCUCCGCCCUCCCGCUCGGCCUGCCCGGGCAGUCCCCGGAGCUCACGGCGCUGUUCGAGUGCCCGGUAUGCUUCGACUACGUGCUGCCGCCCAUCCUGCAGUGCCAGGCGGGCCACCUGGUGUGCAACCAGUGCCGCCAGAAGCUGAGCUGCUGCCCGACGUGCCGCGGCCCGCUGAGCCCGAGCAUCCGCAACCUGGCCAUGGAGAAGGUGGCGUCCACGCUGCCGUUCCCCUGCAAGUACUCGUCCUCCGGCUGUCCUCUGUCCCUCCACCACAGCGAGAAGCCGGACCACGAGGAGGUGUGUGAGUUCCGUCCGUACACCUGUCCGUGUCCCGGAGCCACCUGCAAGUGGCACGGCUCGCUGGAGGCCGUCAUGCCGCACCUGAUGCACGCCCACAAGUCCAUCACCACGCUGCAGGGGGAGGACAUCGUCUUCCUGGCAACCGACAUCAACCUGCCGGGCGCCGUGGACUGGGUGAUGAUGCAGUCGUGCUUCAGCCACCACUUCAUGCUGGUCCUGGAGAAGCAGGAGAAGUACGAGGGCCACCAGCAGUUCUUCGCCGUGGUGCUGCUCAUCGGCACCCGCAAGCAGGCCGAGAACUUCGCCUACCGCCUGGAGCUCAACGGCAACCGGCGCCGGCUCACCUGGGAGGCAACGCCGCGCUCCAUCCACGACGGCGUGGCGGCGGCCAUCAUGAACAGCGACUGCCUGGUCUUCGACACCUCCAUCGCGCACCUGUUCGCCGACAACGGCAACCUGGGGAUCAACGUCACCAUCUCCAUGUGCUGAGGAAACCAGACGCGCCAGAGGAGGACAGACGGGAGCAUCGGGCCCCCGGGCGCCGCCGCUCCAACUCCUGCGACCUCAGCCGGCCCACGGACCCGUACGGUGGCGCUGAGGGGAGGAGUGUCCUUACGCAGACGCAGGGACGAGGAGACGAGGAGGACAUUCAACUGGAAUGCCGACGUGAUGUCGUGUCUUUAAAUCAAUGAGCAGCUUCAUUGACUCGAUACCUCACAGUAGUGCAGAGAAACUAUAUGCGUGUGUGUGUGUAUAUAUGUACAUAUGUGUGUAUAUAUGUGUAUAUACAUAUAUAUUACACGUAUGUGUAUGUAUGUUUAUGUGCGUAUAGACACCCAGUUUGAUUCCAGGGAUCAAGACUCAUUCAGAAAUCCGCUUUGAGGAAUAAUAAAACAUGAGUCAGACUUUUUACUGAUUAUCAUUACGUUGUUAUUUCAGCUUUUAUAUCUGUUUGUUUGAAUUAAAUCACAGUUGAAGUAUUUUUGA